AUGUCGCGUCCGUUGAAGCAAAGAGAAAUCGCCUGCGCUCGCUGUUUUCGUUUGAAACGGAAAUGCGACCACGCCAAACCUACCUGUGGUGAAUGUCGCCGCAAAGGCGCGGAAUGUUUACCGGCCCGGUCUCGGCGGUGCGGGGAGAGCAUCACAGUUCCAUUGACCUACUUGAAGGAACUGGAGAGGACAGUGGCCGAACUGGAGGGCCAUUCUCAAAAGACCGACGCACCGGUUGAAUCGCGAGAUGUCGGUGUCCAGACAGACCCAGUGACCGUGGAUACACCAACCACUCCGUGCCUGCCAUGGGAAUGCCGAGAUAAGCCACUGAAUUGGAAACCGGACUUGAUGUCGGAUGACAGUACACUGGUAUUGUUUGCUACACAGUCUCCAGACCGAAUACUCAGACCUCCUUCCCAGAUUUCAUUUACAGACACAUUCUCCUUGAACGAGGAAACUCUGGAUUUCAUCCGCCUCGAUAAGAGCCCAAUCUAUCCAUUGAUCGGUGACGACUCCCCGUGGCUGACCGAGCUAUAUACAAGUAUUUAUUUUUCAAUAUCUCAUCGCGAGUGGCCCUUUUUGAACGAGACCACCUGGAAAUCAUGGCAGAAAGAUGACCUUUCAGGCGGACGAGAAGAAUGGCAGACUUUCUUUCUGCGCAUGGUCUAUGCCAUUGGCGCAUCAUUGUGUAGCAUCAUGCGGCGAGACCCUGCGCAUUCUGUUCGGUCUCAAGAGCUCUAUGCAUCUGCCAUGAAUUACUACCCACACGUUGUGGGACAUCCGUCGAUGGUCCUGCAGGUUCAAGCCUCCCUACUGCUGAUUGUCUACGCGCUACAUUCUCCAUCCUCGAAUGAGAUUGCCACCAGUGUGGCUUCCAUCGUGCCAUUCUGUACAGCAGCAAUGACGGAGAUUCGGAAAUACGCACGAGCCAAUCCCGAUGGAGAGGUGACUGCCGCCUCGGGGGAGGUUUUGACGGAGAACAUGUUCAUUGCGUGCUAUAUGCUGAACGUGAUAAUUGCGUCUGGAUGGGAUAGGCCGGUUUCCGAUGCAUACAAAGCAGUAGAGGAUGAUAUGUGUACUCUGGGGGAUAUCAUUCAACCCCCUGUCAAUACAAAUCCCGCACUCAGCCAUCUUUUCCGCCUGCGAAAGAUUCAAGCGAAUAUCAGAAGAUCGCUGGAAAGGUCUCGGUGGCAACUGGGUGAACGAAAAGAUGCCUUCAGCUCUUCUCUCAAGUUAGCUCUAGAUGUAUGGAGACAAGAUAUUCCUCGAUAUGGAAUGGUAGAUGUGUCAUGCGGCUAUUACCAUCCUAAAUGGAUGGCAAAAUUGUACGACUACAGCAUCCUGAUCUUGAUGGAAGACAAGCAUAAUUUCCUUGAUCAUGAAGGAACAGAAGAGAUUUUUGCCGCCGUAGUGGAGGUGUGUAUGAAGUAUCGUCGUUUGCAGGAGGAAGGUCAUGUCUUGUGUUUUACGUGGUCAGCUCUCGUUUAUCAAUUCCGGGCCGGCAUCAUGCUCCUCUAUCUGAUCUGGGCAACAAGGUCAACAGCAGACAGUCCAUGUCUGCACCAAAGCCAAACCUAUAAUUCCCCCGAGGCAAUUGAAGCCUGCACAAAAAGCCUAGCUUGUUUUACCGACCAAUGGAGUGACGCCCUUCCAUAUCUGAAGGUGUUUGAAUUCUUACAGCAGAUAAUUUUGUGGGAUUCAGACACAGCUGCCCCAGGGACAGACGUCGUGGACCUGGAGGAGGCAGAGGUUCAUCUCGAGCGACUUAAGGGAACUUAUCUCCACAGGGCCAUUCUGGGCAUGAUUGAGGAUAUGAUGUACGGGGGAGCUAUACGAUAUGAGACGCUAACGGAUGACCUUAUGACGGGAAUACCAUGA